AUGGCGAGCUCGCGGCCUGUUUGCCUUCCCGAGAGUCAGCACCGACCCCAGAGGCCUAGUGCGCUCACACGACGACAGGUACAUCACUGUGACGAUAGGGAGUGCCAUCUCUGCGCUGAUCUCUCCCCUUUGCCUCAGGAAAAUGAAGGCGAGAAGCACGAGAUCCGCAGGGGAGUCAGCAUUGGUGUGCCGGUGAACGAGUCCCCGGACGAAAACAAUCUGCAACAAGUAAGCACGAGGCGAGGAAGACAGACUCAUCGCUUUUGUCGUCUAUUCUGUCAUUGCACCCUUGUCUUCUGAUCAUCAGCUGGUUCCCGCAGCUGUGGCGCCAUGCGGCGAGGACCACUCGGCUCUACCGUUCGGCAUCCGUGGGCAGCAGGGAGCAGCACAGGUGAGGCAACGAGGUCCACUGUUUGUAUCGUGUGUGAAUGUGUGUCGGUUGAUGUGCGGUCAGGACCAUCAGCCAAUUCAGGUAGGAUGAACCAAUAGGCUUGUUGUACCAUCGACCUCGUGUAUGUGUGUCUUCAGAUGAUAACUACAAGGGCAGCAGAAGUGAAAGAUGUUCAGCGGGUGCAGCCAGCACUCUACCCAUCUUACCUGCCCACACAGCACCCCCCCCGCCCACAACCCCAAAUACGACGCACCCCCUGGUGCAUCAGGUGUGACAGAGGGGCGGCCGAUCGCUUCCGUGGGACAGCCUUAUACCGCAUAUGUGAGCUCACGAUGUGCACUCUUGGUAUGCUGUGUGGAUGUAUUGGAUUCGCUCUUGCCGUUUGUCUGUAUCCGUUCUUCAGGACAUGGGCCUUCAAAUGCCUCGCGGGUCAUCACGACAGCGGACAGAGUCCCUGCCGCCAUCGGUGCCCAGAGCAAAGGCAACAACACCACAACCACAGCCGACCGAUACUGGCUUUGUUGCAUCAUCCAGCCUUCUAUCUGCGUGUGCUUCAGGGGACCACUGGGAGGGCUCGUGAGGUGACGAUUGCCGAGCGGCUGCAGCUGGUGGUAGAAUUUGAGACGCGCAAGCAGAGCGGAGAGACCAUCUCGAUGCCUCACUUCGCGCGAGAGAAGGAAAUAUCCGUGAGAACCUUCGAAGGGUGGGUCUACACCAUCAAGAAGCAGAGGGAGGCGGGCAAGCAAGUUACGGACCUGACCAAGAAGCGCAACACUCCGCCCAAGUAUCCCCAGAUCGAGGACCAGAUGCGGCAGUGGAUGGCCGAGCAAGGGGACCCCGCGACCGUUCCUCCAGCGGCCAUCAAGAAAGAGGGGCUUGCGAUUGCGGAACGUCUGGGCGUCCUCGGCUUCCCGGCGAGCGACAAGUGGACCAAGGGCUUUAGGGAACGAUGCCAGCAGGUGGGACGGACAACAGAUACAAGAACGGACUCUUCAUGUACUCAUUGCUGCGCUUUUGUCUCAUACAGUCUCUUGAGCCAGCAGGACCGACACAACAAGACAGCCCGACGGCGAUACUCGAGAGGGAGCCGAGGGACUACUUGGGCACUUGCGAGGAGGCUGCUGCUGCCUUACAGCAAGCCCUCGACGAGGUCGACGUGGAUGGAUGCAUCGGCCAGGGUCGCGGCGACGAGGCAGCAGGGCCCACACAACGAGACAGCUGGAUGGCGGAACUCGAGAGGCAGAUGAGGGACUGGAUGGCAAAUUUUGAUUAUCCGAUGGCCGUGAACAGGAAGGUCAUCAGGGCCACAGCGAUAGACAUCGCUAGUCGGCUGCCGGGGCUGCAUGACUUCUACGCGAGCGACGAGUGGAUCGAGGCGCUCAUGGUGCCGUACAAAAAGGUACGACACAGCAAAGACAGGGAGGGAAGCAUUGUGCAUGUCGAUUCCUGUGUCCACAUGCUCAAUGUCUGCAGAGCCCGCCUGUUGGAGCUGCGGCUGCUGCACACAGUGCCUACGGCACGGAUCAUUCGACCCCGAACACACAGCCGCCCAUGCCCCCCAACCCACAACAAGGUCGGCUGCUGAAAUCAACUCUACACCUCCAGCUCGAUCGGCAGGUUAAUGGGCAGCCAGCAGCUGCCGCUCCGGGUGCAGCAGCGGCCCCCAGUGCUGUCCCAGUACGUAAAGGAGCAGGAGAGUCCGAGAGCUCGGCUACGACAUCAUCAGGCGGUCGGUCAAAGGAAUACACCAUAGCUGAGCGCACAGCACUGGUGGAUGUGCUGCUGAAACGGCAAGCCAAUGACGACGCCCGGAUCUCUCAGAAGGCAUUUGCGGAGGAGAAGGGUCUCAACUACAAUACAUUCAAGAAAUGGGUGCCGAAGAUCAAGAAGCUGAGAGAGCAAGGCCACGACCCUAGCGACAUGCAGAUGAAAAGGCGCAGACCACCCAGGCGGAGCGUUUCCGAGGGGGAGAUGGAGCGUGAGACAGCUGCAGAGCUCGCGGCCAACUUGCAGGCGUCAGAGGUCCAGAUCAAGCCAGACGGGCAAUCGGAGCCCUCAGGGUGCAACACAAUGAGCGUAAGGAUGACGAGUGUUCUGCUAGCGAGCAGCUCAGUGCUGUUGUCAUUCGCUCAUUCAGUUGAAGCCGUCAACGAGCAGGCUGACCAACCAGAGGGAGGGAGAGCCGCCUGGGAAGCUCCAGAGGACCACCACACGCAAUCAUCGAGAAGUCCCGCUGUCUGAGGUAGGUGCACUGCAGGCAGAUGGACAGCCAGACAGAAACACAGCUGUUGUCUCUAUGUCUGCAGGUGUUGUCUCCUUCGUCGGUGAAGUCUGCUGUCAGCAUCACUGUGGAUGACCGCCUCAGUGACAUAAAAAAGGUCUGCAGUGAACAAGGAAUAGCAGCCAUGACUACUUUGCUGGACCUGUGGGCGUCUUGCUGUCCUUCCUUGCCUCUUAUACCGCUAUCUAGGGUGAUGCUGACAUCAUCAGUGUAUCAUCCAAGGGAGCGGUCGCUCACUUGACGGCCACGUCGACUGGCAGCACGACAGAGGAGGGCGGCACGCUGCAGGAACCACAUGUACGUGAGACUCAAGCAGCACGUGCAGUUGGUCUCAAUAGUUAGCCUAUGGCUGUCUGUCGGUCUCUGUUGUCUGCAGGUGAUAGUUGGCAGCAGUUUGAGUGUGUCAGAUUGUGCGGCCCUCCACUCACUGUUCGUCCCAUCCAUGUUCGACCAUUGUGAAUUUACCUUGCUCUACAGGUACACACAUAUGCAACCUAGAUAGGUACAAACAGCGGCACUGCUCAUCUAGUGUGUCGCUGUAUUGUUUGUCAGGGCGUCUGUCCACGGCGAGAGCUUCGGUGAUCUCAGGGGCCGCGUAGGCGACAAAAAAGGGCUGAUCUUUCUCAUUCGCAAGGUGGUCGGACAAGAGGAAUAUGUCUUUGGUGCCUACAUGGAUGAGCGCCUUCGGCUCUCAUCCGACGGCUACCCCUGCCGUGCACUGUGUGUGUGUCUCUCCGGCCUCUUCGACAAACCCACACUGAUCGAGACCAAGGAGGAUUUCGGCGGUGGAAACUUCUCUCAACGGCAGCGUGUGUGGGUGGGGAGGCGCGAGCCCAUCCUGGGGAUGAUCGAGAUGGUGAAUAUGCGGAUCGGCAUGGCUGGGGGCCUGGGGCUGGGCUGUGAUGAUGGGGAGAGCAGCAUUGCUGCCAGCGUGCGCAGCUGUAGUCAGAUCCUUCACAGUGUGUAUCUGCCCGACGGCUAUCGGGGACCGAGGGAUGAAUGGGCGAAUGGAUUCCUGGCGGUGUUUGGGGGCGGUCUUAGCUUCACUGCUGACGAGUUGGAGGUCAUCCAUGUCGAGGGCCUCUUAGUGCUGCGGCCACUACAGGUCAGAUACGACCCGUUAAGACCACUGUGUCAUUGCCUGGUGCCCAUGUGGCCUUUGGCUCGUCUGCAGCUGAUCGAAGGGACGAAUUUGAGUCUAAUGCAGCGUGCGGCACUCAGCCGCUUUUCAGGAUCAACCUCGAAUUGACGGGGAAACUCACGCUGCGACUGCUGUACAAGUAGGUCUUUCUUUUGUUUCCACCCUUGGUGUAUUUCUCCAUCUCAUGGCUUGCAGGGCCUCAAAACACGGGUGGAAAUACGGCGAUAUGCUUCGGUGCGUGGGUGAUGCCAAGGGCCUGGUGUUUCUUCUUCACAAGACCCAUAACGAGACGCAGUGCGUGUUUGGCGCCUACACAAGCGAAGGCAUCAAGCUGCCCAACAGGCCGACCGGCUUCAACGAAUACCGCUGUCGGCAGUUCUCUCUCGGCGGGCACUUCGACGAGCCGACGGAUAUCCGAGUCGAGGAAGGCUGGUUGUUCGCCUGGUUGUUCGAGGCGGGACCGACCUGGCCAGCGAAUGUGCAGCUCGACAAUGGGCGGCUGAGCCUGGGCUAUGACGCCAGUGGGAAAGGUCCUCACGAAGAUCUGCGCAGUUGCCGUCAGUACAUCCCUUGUGCCGACGUGCCUGAUGGCUACCGAGGGGAACGGAAUCAGCGUGGCGAUGCUGUCUUCGGGGGUAGUGAGGUGUUCUUUGCGGAGGAUUUGGAGGUGCUUGCCAUCGAGCACGACGGUGACAUCCUCUGA